CGAAGGCUGGGAUGAUAAUUACAUGUCUAUGGGCAGAGCGCGAACACACCGCUGGUUCUUGCUGCAUUGCCUGAGCCUCAAAGACCUGUGUGUGUCGUAUCUAACAUGAGGCAUCUAAUACAAAGAUAAUUUUUUUACACAGAAGAGUCUCUGUACGUCGUUCUUCUUCACAGGAAAGCCCUCCCUUUUCUCUGCCUGGCGGGUGUGGAAGUCUCGCCGUGGAGCGGUUGUCACACAGGCCGCGGAUCGGGUCUUGUUGCUGGGAGGAGACCAUUCAGACUCCCUGCUAGCAUUAUUAGCUGGCUAUGAUGCGUCGCUGCUGCUGGUGUAUUUUCUACACAGCAGGCCACUGUACAGCGAGGCAGGUCCUUGGUUGAUUGUUUACCCCGACGGAACUGAAGGGCGACGUGGAUAUACACCACACCUUUCAAGGAUGGAUGUUGAUUUUUGUGCUGGUGGGGACAGUACCAGGAGAAAGGUGGAUUUGACUGGGGUUGCAGAAGGCACGAUGGAUGUUGUACCAUUGGAGAUGUAUGACUCUGCCAGAGCAAAAAUAGCUGCCAACCUGCGGUGGCUGUUUGCUAAAGCCUACGGCAUUGACCAUAUUCCAGAGGAUUUAAGGGACCCGUUCUACACGGACCAGUAUGACCAGGAACACAUAAAGCCACCUGUCAUCCGCCUGCUGCUGUCCUGUGAGCUCUACUGCCGUGUCUGCACCCUCAUCCUCAAGACGGAGCAGGCAGCUUCUCUUCAGUCCCACCUGUCUGUCAUCCAGGCUCUGUCCAGGAAGGGCAUUUAUGUCGUGGAGAGUGACGAUACGCCCGUCACAGAGGGAGACCUGGCCUGUGUGCCUAUCAAAAUGAGUGCUCACAUGCCGAUGAUCGAUGCCCUGAUGAUGGCCUACACAGUGGAGAUGAUCAGCAUCGAGAAAGUGGUGGCUUCUGUCAAGCGCUUCUCUACCUUCAGUGCCUCCAAGGAGCUGCCCUUUGACCUGGAGGACGCCAUGGUCUUCUGGAUCAACAAGUUGAACAUGAAGAUGAGGGAGAUUACAGAAAGGGAGCACAAAGUCAAGCACCACCCGCUGGAGUCCCCGAGCCACCAAAAGUCUCCCUCCAAAUGGUAUUGGAAACUAGUCCCUCCUGACGUCGUGCACGAGCUGGCCCACUGCAUGCUGGAGCCAGAGGAGCUCUCUGAAGCGGUGCGGUAUCGUCGGGAGCAUGCUUCAGGCCGCCAGUUGCCCUUCUUCCCACUGCUGGAAGACCUGAUGAGGGACGUUUGUGACGGAGCUGCACUGCUCACUGUGGUCAACUACUACUGCCCAGACCUCAUGAAACUGGAGGAUAUUUGCCUGAAGGAAGUUCCCUCCAUCGCUGACAGCCUGUACAACAUCCAGCUGCUCAGAGAGUUUGCCAACGAGUAUCUGAACAAAAGUUUCUAUCUGACAACAGAGGACAUGCUCUACUCGCCGCUUGUGCUCAAGCACAAUGUGAUGGUGUUCAUUGCUGAACUCUUCUGGUGGUUUGAGACUGUCAAGCCAGAGUUUGUCCAGCCCAGAGAUCUGCAAGAGUUUAAAGAUGCUCGAGCCAUAGCUCAGCCCAAGAGUGCCCGUCCAUCAGUGCCCAUCUCCAACGCCACCAAGCGCAGCUUCCUGGCCAGCCCUGGCGUGGCCGAUAACCAGAGCAGCCCUGAAGUCUGUAACAGGUACUUCCUGCACCCUGAAGACUCUGACCCCCUUAAAGGGGGUCCAACCUUCAGUCCUUCCCACCCACUUCUGCCCCUGCGACAGAGACAGCAGAAGCAGCAAGGAGAGGAAGGUGCAGGUCUGAGAAACCGUUCAAACUCUCUGACUCAGAUGGACGGACAACCCCGAGGCUCUGUUGUUGCAUGGCCCGACAAGAGGCAGAGACCACUGUCCACACUGAGCCCCUACAUGUUGCAUUCAGCCACAGACAGUGAUGUAGACAUGGCCUCUGGUGACAGUGUGAGUCUGGCUCGCUCCAUAAGUAAGGACAGCCUGGCGUCCAACGUCAUCAACGUCACACCCAAGCACCAGACUUCUGCCCACCAGCCCUCACAGGCUGCGAUGCGCAGAGUCAACGGCCACGGCAUGCUCGCCAAUGUCAGCGCUGAAGGUGAGGAAGAAACUCCGAUGGCAGUCGCAAGGACUGAUGUUCCCCCUACCCCCAAACGGGUAGAUGGGACACAAGCAACUGCCACUGUGGGAUCCAAACCUUCCAGUGACUCCAAACCUGCACCAGAUAGCUUUUACCUAGAACCACUGAUGCCUGCCGUGCUCAGAACGGCUAAAGAGAAGUCUGUAUGCCUAAACAAGGAGGAGGAGAGUGGUGAGGGGCCCCGCUCCUCAGGAAGGGGCUCUUUACGCCGAGGAGAUGGAUCUACAUCAGCUGUUCGUAGGAAAGCACCCUGCAGCCUAAACCAAACUUUUACCCCUCCAGGUGAGGAGGCAGACUUGUCAGAGGAACCUCCCCAGGGUCAAGCUGGUUUCAGGCCCACUGUCACUAGCAGUGUGGAUCCCUCAACCAGAGAGCCAGCCGGGGGUUUCUACCUGCAUUCAGAUUCUGAAGAACCAAAGUCUGGCCAGGCCGUGGAGGCUGAGCUGGAAGACCUGGAUGAGGAGGAAGAGGAUUUGGACGAAGCAGUUACCACUAAAGACCCCAACUGGUCCAGGAAAGCCUUCAAUGAGGAAGAUGAAGAGGAGGAGGAAUCAGCCAAACUCCAAGAGGAUAUGAAUGUGAAAGAGCAUGAGGACAAAGAUACGAAUGGUGGCAGUGGUCGUUCCAGCCCCUGUCUCAGCGCUCACUCCCAGGCCAGCAGCAUGGCCAGUGGCAGUGUGCGCAUGACCUCCUUCGCAGAGCGCAAAGCCCAGCAGCAGCGCUUCGGCAGCAACCAUGACCUACGCUCCAGUGCCUCCAGCUCCCAAAGGACCACCCCAGAUGGAUCAGAGAGCAGCGGGCCCCUGGCGUCCUCCUGGAGGCUUAAAAGAGACCAGAGUCCCUCCUCACCCAUGGGAGGAUGCAAUCGUACAGUGGAUGGUGGUACGAAUGUGCUGGCUUCUGAAAUUGUCCAGCUUCAUAUGCAGCUGGAGGAGAAGCGACGUGCCAUUGAGCACCAGAAGAAGAAGAUGGAAUUGCUGUCGGCGAGGCAGAGGCAGAAGCUGGGAAAGGCAGCUUUCCUGCACAUAGUAAAGAAAGGUGGAGGCAAGAGCGACACAUUACCCAACCCACUUAAAGCUGACAUCUCAAAAGACGAGCUCAAUGGGGGAAAAGGACCAUCAAGUAAAGAUGAUAUGUGUGUUGAUGCCCUGAGGGGAGACAAAGAGGUGGAGGGAACCACCCCACCAGGUGCCUUAGACACAGACAAGAAAGGAAACAGUGGAAGCUUCUAUCUAGAAGAAGAGUUGGACCUGAACGAGUGCAGCCGCUCCAUCGAGCUGCUGAACGAAGCCAUCGGCAGCAUCCAGCAGCAGAUGAUGCAGCUGUCACUGCAGCAGGACAUGUUGAUGAAACAGAAUGUACAGUCCUCCCCAGGUGCAACUCCGCCUCCUCCUGUCACCAGUGACAAAAACAGUGACUCUAAGGCGGGCACAAGCUUUCAUUAUGUGGAGCACCUCCCUGGCACUGGCACUGGCACUGGCACUGCCCCCACCAGGAAACCCCCCAAGCUGAGCUCAGGCCGGGGCUCCAGGUCCAAACCAUCAGAACUAAAAAUAGCCAAGGAGCAAGGCCGGCAGGCCUCCAGGACCCUCAAUCCUACCCAGAGUGGGUCAGAGACAUUACCACAUCCAAGGCAGUUAGGUGGGGGCAGGUCCCCCAGGGUGGAGCAGCCCGACAGCCCAAAAAAGCCAACAUCAGGAGAGACAAUCGACAGGCCAGGCGCCGGCCACAUUCGGAGCGCCACCUUCCGGCUUCAUGACGACUCGAACCUGCGCCUGCCGACCCGAGUGGACCUGUCGGCAGUGACUGCCCCUGAAGUGUCCUUCGACGAGUGCCUGUCCAGCACCACUGGAGAGUCUGAGCUCAAUUCUUCAGACAGUUCAGGGAAAGAGAACAUACCAUCAGAGGAGGUGCAGCGCAACAAAUCCCACCUGAUUGAAGUCGAUCUGUCGGAGCUGAAAGCGGAAGAGGAGAGCGCCGAGGAAAGAACGACAGAAGAAGGUGAAGGAGAGCAGAAAUCAGUCAUGGGCUUCUUCUUCAAGGACGAGCAGAAGGCAGAGGAUGAGCUUGCCAAGAAAAGAGCAGCGUUCUUGCUGAAGCAGCAGAAGAAAGCUGAGGAGGCUCGACUCCGCAAACAACAACUAGAAGCAGAAUCUGAGCUGAAACGAGAUGAAGCAAGGCGGAAGGCAGAGGAGGACCGGCUGCGUAAAGAAGAGGAGAAGACGCGGCGGGAGCUGAUCAAGCAGGAGUAUCUGCGGAGGAAGCAGCAGGAGAUGUUUGAGGAGCAAGGCCUGGUGAAGCCCAAAACCCCCAAACCGAAGCAGAAACACAGACCCAAGUCUGUCUUCAGAGAGGAAUCCUCCAGUGACAAUUUAUCUAAGUGCUCUUCCACACCUGACAACCUGAGCAACGCCCAGUCAGGCUCCAGUCUGUCUCUCGCCUCGGCCGCAACCAACGAGGCCGACAGCGUCAACUCUGGAGGAGCCGGUUCUCAGCGCUGUGACUCUGUGGAGUCGUUUCCAGGCAGUCGUAACAGUCGAACUGCAGAAAGAGACUGGGACAACGGCUCCACUGCAUCUUCCAUCACCUCCAUGGCUGAAUAUACUGGUCCCAAACUAUUCAAGGAGCCCAGCGCCAAGUCAAACAAGCCAAUCAUCCACAAUGCAAUCUCUCACUGCUGCCUGGCUGGCAAAGUCAACGAGCCCCAGAAGAACCAGAUCCUAGAGGAGUUGGAGAAGUGUGAGUCCAACCACCUGAUGAUCCUGUUUCGUGAUGGCGGCUGUCAGUUCAGGGCGCUCUACUCUUACUUCCCCGACACCGAGGAGAUACAGAAGCUGACGGGCACCGGACCCAAGAGCAUCAGCAAGAAGAUGAUUGACAAGCUGUACAAGUACAGCUCAGACCGAAAGCAGUUCACCGUCAUUCCUGCCAAGACUGUGUCAGUCAGCGUGGACGCCCUGACCAUCCACAACCACCUGUGGCAGGCCAAGAGAAGUGCUGUGCCAAAGAAAAGUGUAAAAUAGCAGACCCGAUUUUUAACCCUCUAUCAUCCAAAUCAUCUUAUGCCCAUCUUGCUUGUGUCCUGAAUAGACUGCAUUGAUGCUCACAGCCAAGCUCUCCGCCAUGCUCGGUCUGGAAACCUACUCAGGAGAGGCCACAUCUAUGAGCUUGUGGUCAUGUGUAGGUGGACCAAGACAGAAACAAGGGAAAAGGUAUGUGUGUGUGCGUGCGUGUCUGUGUGUCUCUGUGUGUCUGUGUGUGUGUGUGUGUGUGUCACACAGGUGGUCUGAGGAACUGGUGCUUGCAACGAAAAGAGGAAUGCCGGCUGAAUCUGCUUCUUCUCCCUGUGAUCUCAGUGCGAUCUGUUCAGGUUUCUUUUGGUCCGGCUCUGUUUUUCUACGACAACCACGACUCAAGCAUGUGGCAUUUUUUUCUCUGUCUCUCUAGUAUGUGGUGGAUGUUCAUUUUUACAUGAAGUAUUUAUUAGUUCAGCACUGUCAUGGUCAGGAGCUCAGCUGCAGCACUAAAAUCCUUCCUUCCCUCCGGAAGCGCCUCUCCUUUGGACUAAUUUGGACAAAAGGAGGGGACAUCGGGAGAUUUCUGUCGCUCUUUUCAGAAAAUCCGAAGCAAGGGACCUUUGUAAUACCCCUUUAGGACUGUUGGGCUGCUCUGCUGUCCCAACAAAAAAACAAAAACAACAAUCUCUUCCUGCGUGGACUGUCGAAUCUGUCGAAUCAGGCUGGCAUUACCGAUUUUGCCUCACCAGGGAUCUCCAAAAACCUGCUGCUCUGAACUGUCUUCUUCUUUUGUCGCGUGGGGAGCUCCUCAGGUCUCCCUCAGACAUCCGUUGGCCUUUCACGCAUCGUGGUACUAUCGUCUAUUUAUUCAACCGCUUUUUAAACUAGACGCUGAUCGUGUAGCACUGGAUAUGUGUAAAACGAGGGGAAAAAAAAAAAAAAAAGUUAACGACGGUCAUUUUAAAUACUAUUGUUGGAACAUCCUUUUUCUUGAGGGUGGCAAAAGAGGGUGAAUGAUAGGCUUUGGUACAGAAAUGAUGCUUUUUUUCUUCUUUUUUUUUUGUUUUAGCUUUUCUUUUUUUCUGUUUUUAAUUAUUAUUAUUGAAGCAAUGUGGUAUAAAGUUUGAGCUGAUGUUAUGUGUUUUCAUCAUAACGGGAAUUCUCUGAUGUUUAGAGCUUAGUUGUGUUUUCUCUCUCCACUGGGCACUCUUGAAUUGUCCUGUGUAAAGGUGCACUCAUGAACACUUGUCGACGGCUUCUUUCAUGCAAUGUAACCCCCCCUCCCUCCUCCCCCCUCCCCCCCUCGAGUGUUUUUGUCGGCCUGUCCCAUCUUUAACCACAAGAGUGGCGCACACACACACACACACACUCUUGUUGUGAAGAGUGUUUUUCGUGCUGCUCUGUAACUGGUUCGAAUGACAGUAUUUGAUAUAUUCACAAAGGGGGUUUCUGUGUGGGCGGGUUGGCGGGGGGGAACUGUGGUUCAGUUAUGUACCAACAUUAAAGAACAUUCCUCCAAGGUGUUGACAAACACUGCCACGUCGUCUCUCUCUCUCUUCUCUCUGUCUUUAAGAAUAAUCAAAGUGCUUUGCUUUUUUUCCUUUUCUUUUUCUUUUUUUUUUUUUUUUUUAAACCGUUUGUUGGCCUCGAGAACAACCAGAAGUGUUGCACAAGCACUUUACUUUCUGUUUGUUUGGGAAUUUUACCUUUUUGAAUGGAUAUAAAAACUAAGAACUAAUUAGUAAUACUGCUGUUGUGCGCUCCGAAAAAAGUGUGAGAACUAAACCAAACGCUAAGAUUUAAUACUGACACAUGAAUCUGAAAGGCCUCCGCUGAUAUGAUACUACUGCUGUCUCCAAAAACUACAGAAUACUUGAUUUGUCAUUUGCUGCAUUUUGGAGUUUUUGGGGGGGGUUUGGGUGGGGGAGGUGGUAGAUCCUUAACUGUAUGUGAGUGUAUUUUUAUGUUAACUAAAAGAUUGUAUUGGCAUUUGGUCACCAUUUUUGUUACACUAGUGUACUUUUCAUCCUUGUUGAUUUUAUCUUUGAUCCCAUGCCAUCUAUUUAUUUUAAAAUGGAAGCACUGAAACGGAAUAAAUUUUCAAGUGAAUAAAAGUCACAUUUUUCAUUUUUA